UCACACUUACGAAUGCCACUUGUUGUAAUCACCUUGCAUUACCGCUGAUGCUAAUGCCAGAAUCGGCAGUGACUGUAAAUGUAAGGCUACUGUACACUGUACAACUUGUCAAACUACUUGCUAGCGUAUUCUACUGUUUAGCUUCUGGCUAACUAGAUGUUGAUCUGUCUUGAAAAGAAUUGUCUGAUGUAAUACUCAACGCAUGUCUGUAUCACAGCAACAAAUUAGACUACUGAACGUGUGUAGUACAGUAUAUAUUGAUUGUGCAACAAUUAGUCAACUAAUCAAUUAAUUUAAUAACUAUCUAUUAAUAAUAACUGUAGUUACUUGCCUUAUAAUUAUUGGAAAAUUGAUCUCAUUUGCUUAUACUUGUAGUACAUUUACUCACUAUUCCUCUAGUAAGAGUCUCUCUGAUGAAUUUAUGGUCAUGUGAUAGUGAUAUUUUGAUAAUAAUUAAUACUAUGAGUGAUUAUUGUUUAUAUUUGUGACACAAGCAGCAGUUUGGGUUGAUUUGAUUUCAAGAGCAGCCACUACCCACUGUUUCAACUCUUCUUUCAAUUUUCUGGAUCUCUGCAGUGGUGCCACAUCUAGCACAAGACUGGCAAUCUCUUCCAGGAUGAACAGUUUCUCCACUUUUUCUCUUCCCCAUAUUAGAUGCAUAUGCAGAGUAGGUAUAAAAUGCAUGAACAAACAGUUCAGCCUCUACACUUCUUCAACAUCAAUCCCCUUGACUCCUUAUAUUAUCAAAACACUUACAACUAUCAGCAAACUCGAAAAUCAAUUUGAUAAAGUUACAGAAGAACAGAACAAGAGAACACUAAGAACUCAUACAAAGAAGUAAAGGAAUACCGUAACUCGUUGAAAACAGCACUCAGUGCAAAGAAAUCUCAACAGAGUAGCGAUAUCCCAGCUUAUAAGACUGCUGAGGCGCAAAACCGUGGUUUCUACUUGACGAUUCUUACUCCCAUUACUACACAGUGCGUCAAGUUUGGGGUCAUAAACCUCCCGUGUUUGUAGAUGCACACCAGAUUUUAGAAUGCAGUAAAACGUAAUCACAUGCCCUCGUUACAAUUUACUAGAUUGUUGGUGAAAAAUGCCAAGAGACGGCAGUGUGCUCAAAAAAAUGCCGAGAUGCUACCACGUGAUUAGUCACAAAUACGCAGUCUAUCGUCAGUUUUAUUGGAUAAGACUUAGCCAAUACGUUGUCCUUGACAUGCACAUCGUCUACAUGCACAUCUUCUACAGACAGUGAUCUUCGUCCUAGUGUCCUUCUUUCCAGUAGAUUUCCAAAUGCAACCUCGCCUAGAAAGUCAGAAAGUUCCCGGAUAUAAAAAAAUAAAUUCUAGCCGCACCCCCCGCAAAACCAAGCCUUGGCUGACGGACUGUACUUGUUCAAAUUAGCGACUAAAGAUUUAUGGUCUGUUUCAAUUGCCAACAGUUCAUCUUGACCUAACAGAAAUUAUUGAAAUCGGUCACAUCCCCAAACCAAGCCAAUGCUUUGUAUUCAAGUUGUGAAAAUCGUUUUCCUUAAUCUGUCAACGUUCUUGAUGCAUACAUAACUGGUGCUUUCUUCCAUCUGAUUGAAUUUGCAGCAAUGCAUCACCCAGACCAUACGAUGAGGCAUCAGCCAAGAAGAUUGUUUUAGCUGCAGCACUAUGAAAUGCUAAAACUGGUGCUUGAACAACCAUUUGCUUUAAAUCUGACAAACACUUUUCAUGCUCAACUGUCCAGGUCCAGUCUGUAUCCUCAUGGAGCGGGUUUCUCAGUGAACCUGCUUUUUUUGUGAUCAAGCUCACGCAAAAACUUGGCCAAAUAACUAAACAUUCUCAAAAUAGUGCAUAAUUGAUCUAUAUUUGUCAGACUUCCUAGUGAAGUUACUGCACUAAUCUUGUCUGGAUCAGAUUUUAAACGUUUGUUAGACAAAACCUGACCAAAAAAUUAACUUCUUUCUUACGGAGCUGGCAUUUUCUUAUAUUCAAUUUUAUUCCGUUGGUCUUACAUUUCUUUAAACCUGCCUUAGUCAUUGAUCAUGCUCCUCUUCAUUUACACCCCAUACCAUGAUGUCAUCUUAUAAAACAAUUACAACCCUCUAUCCCUGCCAAGAUCUGUCUCAUCACUCUCUGAAAAAUUUGGGACCAGAGGUAAUGCCAAAUGGCAAUCUCAGACAUCGGAAACGUUCAAAUGGUGUAAUAAAAAUUGUUAGUAAUGAGCUGCUUUUAUUUAAAGGAGUCUGCCAAAAUCUUGAUUCAGCAUCAAGAGUUGUAAACCACUUAGCACCUUGCAUCUUAGUAAAAAUCUCCUCCACCACAGGAAUUGUGAAUUGUUCACGUCUUAUAGACUUUGUUGAGCUCACUGAAGUCAAUACACACUUUUACAUGACCAUUCUUCUCGAGAACUGGCACCAUGGAUGCAACUCAAUCUGUCGGUUCAACCACUUCUUGAAUAAUUCCCAUCUUCUGUAUUCUUCUAAGUCAAUUUUUUAAAUUUUGGCAACAACGGAAGGUUUAAAAGUUGAGGAGCAAAGACUGAAUACGGAACAGUACUUUCUUUCAAUUCGAUUUGAUAGACAUGAUCUUUAGGAGUCCUGGAGUACCAAACACAGAAGAAGAAGAAUCUUUCAGAACUGAUUCCUUUACAAUCUGAUUCUCAUUUCUAUCUACUUCAGCAUCUCAUUUGAUCAAUCCUAGUUUUUGACAUACAUUCAGUCCCAGUACUGGUGAAGCUGUUGCUGGCAUAGUGUAAAGCUGCAAAAUGGCGAGAUGUUCCAUUCUCCUCCUGACACAAGCAUUGUCCAUCUACUGGCACCCAUAUGGCAUUAAUCUAAUUCUAGCCAGUUCCAAUACUGGUUUAGCUGUCAGUCUACGAUAAACACUCCGAGACUGGACAUUAACCUGAGCUCCCCUGUCAAGUUCAUAAUUCACCAUGAUUCUGUUAGUUCUCAAAGGCAUAGACUACGCAUCAGACUUUGAGUCACCUAGAGCACUAACAAACACUUCAGCAAGCUGUUCUUCAUGCGUGAUCAUUUCCUGCACUCGUGCCUCACUCCUUGCAUUUACUUGCAAAUUGUCUGCAUAGUCCACACUUUGAACAAUUUCUUGUGAAGGCAGGACAUCUUCUCUCUAGAUGAUUCUUUCCACACUUACGACAAUCUCUGAUGAAUUGCCGGUCUCCUGUUCUUUUACUUUCUGUUUCUUUCCUAACUGCAUCUAGGUUGCUUCUUUACUGGUAGAUACAGAUUCCAACUCCUUCAACUGAAACUGAGACAAUUCUGAUGCCUUGCAUAUCGCCACUACUUUAUCUAACGUCAAUUUUAUCUCUUUCAACUCUAUUGCUCUCUCAAUCUUGACUCUAGACUUCCACAAACUAACCUGUCUCUUACCAAUGACUCACUAUUAGCUCCGAAUUCACAAGUCUUCUCAAAUGUACUGUACGUAGCUCAGUACCAUACUGGGCAAUUGUCUCACCUUGCAUCUGGUUUCUCAUAAAGAAACAUUGUCUUUCGUAUGUCACGUUACGUUUUGGAAUGAAGUAUUCUUCAAACUUUUCACAACAUCUUCAAGCUUGUCUUUACUCGUCAAAAACAAAAGUAUUGUUGUAAAUGUUCAAAACCUCCGGGCCAAUUGAGUGUAGAAAACCAAAGUUGGCACAGGACCAGCUGGAGAUUUCAAUCCCGAAGCUAAUAGAUAAAUUUCAAACUGUUGCUUUCACUUCUUCCACAUAUUUCCUGUCAACAAUAGAUGCUCUGGAGGAUUCGGAUACUCCAUUUUCUGGUACCAUGUAAUGUAUUCGAGUACAGAAAUGAAGAACACAAAACAAUACAAGAAUUAAGCGUAACAACAAGUAGAAACACACUACGACGUCUGUCUUCGGCAGCUGAUAUCAGUCAACUAUUUACCCAAGUUCUGUAUAUAACAGAGCUAGUUCUCAAAGGGUGUUUUGUUUGACAGCUGAUUGUUGUGUUGUACAUCUGUUUACAGGAGCAAACAUUCUGUUGGAGAUGCAACAUAGUCAGUGUAAUUUCAAGAUAUGUGACUUGGGCCAUGCAAAAUACAUUGGUCUGAAUGGAUUAGCCCCUCCUUGUCCAAAUUGUGGAACUAUUGGUUUUAGAGCUCCUGAAAUUGUUAAAAGGGAAGCUCAUGGAUUUAAAGUGGAUGUGUAUGCCUUAGGCGUAACCUUGUUUAACUUGGCUCUUCCCUUUAACCGCAAACAGCAGAGUCAAAGAGGAAUAACAAACUGUUGUAUGCUGCAACACCUGCCUUUUGCUACCAACAUCAUAGAAAAGUGUUGCCAAGAUGAUGUAAGACGGAGACCUUCAGCUUUGCAACUUAUGGAACUUGUGUCGGGCCCAGGACAGUUAUAAUUAUAGAGUUUGGAAUGCACUGUUUCUGUGAAAUAAGGGUUUGCAGCUCUUUGUGCAUUCUUCAAUCUGUGGUUGUCACUGAAGUAUCUUCUUCACUAUGACUGAUUACAGGCUUGGAGAGUCUAUUCCCAUGUUUUACAAUGUAGACAGUUUGUAGUGUAUUGCAUAAUAUGUUUCUGCAUCAGUUGUUUUCUCUCUCUAGUGCAUGCAUUUGUAUGCUGCUUUGCUCUGUCUUUUGUACACCACAAGUCAACAGUGUUCCAGCAAACAUGGAAGUUCCUUGAGCUGUAUUGUGUAUAUGCAGAACGCUGUUGUACUGCAAAGUACAUAUAAUAAAUACACACAAGAUUUAUUC